GUACACCGCUUUGCCUUCCUGUCAGACAGCCCUUUCCUUUGGCACUACAUUUGUCACAUUCAUGCGUAGGAAUACGGAAGGUCUAUGGUUGAGUGGAAUUCAACUGUGCCACGCACUGUAUCACGCCGCAUGUUUGGGUGCUGUUGCAGGAUCGGACAGAGACCCAACUAGACUUUUCUGAGGACUUGGAGGAUGGUGCGUCCCUGUGUUUUUCCGGGCUGUACAAACAAAGAAGCGCCCUGGUCUCCGUACAGAUUUCACCGUGUCCCGUUCACUGAUGUCGGGCUGCAGUGGCUGCUUGUGCUGAACAUAGACCUCAACACGCCACCCGCAAGAGUGAGGCAACUCCGCGUUUGCAGUGUGCAUUUCUCCGAGGAGGAUUAUUUAAAACCACAGCCAAAUAAGUUAGACAGACACUUGCUGAAGAGCACCGCUGUACCCAGCCACCAGAACCUACGUGAGCUGCACCAGGAGUAGUAGUUCGAGCAGAGCUGACGAAGUAUCAGGUUGUAGGAAGAUAUUUGUGAACAAUCAUGGUUAUAACGUGCAUCGUAAAGGGUUGCGAUAACAAGCAGAAGGUAUAUAGUGCCGUCAUGUUUCACAGAAUUCCAACUCACCACAAACGGCGGAAAGCUUGGUUAGCUGCUUUGGACAUGGAUCCAACAACAUCGGUGGAUAUUCUGAAGAACUGGCGUGUUUGCUCCGAGCAUUUCACACAGAAGGACUAUACAUCCACAGGAUUACGCCUAAAGGAUGCGGCCACACCGACAAUACUCAAAUCAGGAACACAGCAAAGUGGAUCACCCAACACUCUGCAUGACACUGGGGAAGAAAUGGACGGAUCACCAGAUGAGGUCAAAGGCCCAGGCAAUCAAGCAAAUGUAUCUGAGACUUGCGCUACAACCACAGAGAAACCGACUCUGCAGCACAUUGUGGACGAGGAGGCCAUCAUGCAGCUGAUGAAGAACUGCCCAAUGUGUGACAGAAAGUGCCGCUGUAACAAACGCACUCAGGGCCCGUACUUCAUAGUCUACCAGAGCUGUUACUUCUGCAAUUAUCAACGCAAGUGGGCCAACCAGCCUGAAGCCAGAAAUAUGAACAUUUACAAUUCAAACAAGCCAAAGCCGAAGAAACCAAAGCCGAAGGACAAGGUGUCUGGGAAUGCCAAGGCUCAGUCGUCACAGACUAAUAAAACAAGCAUUUCUGAAUCCUCAGUCUCAGACUCCCACGACCCAUCAGAGACCUGAGGAGCCCAAUGCUGACCAAUGACUUGAAUGAGUCCAACAUUGGGCAUGAACCCAGUUCUACUUGUAGUGGAAGCUUGCCAUUGCAUUGUGAAAAAACAUAACCCAAAACAUUUUGAACUCUUUUAACAGACAAAUAACAAAGUCCCACGUAGUAAAUAUACAAAUCUUCACUUACGGGCUGCAGUUCUCCGGGGGGCCUCCUGCAACCUCCGUCCCGGUGUGGUUUGUGUGUCACGUUGUGACCGAUGCUGGGUCUUCGUUCUAGCUGGGGACGGCCUGGGAGCUUCAGAGACAUCUCUUAGUAUGGCCUCUCUGUACUGUCUCUCCUACACACAGACACACAUGCACGUUAGUAAACUGGGACAAACUGCCCAACAGUCACAAACAAAUUUUACAUUUUUCACCAUAUCCCUCCAAGUAAAAGGCUUUUUUGUUAAGGUUAAUAUCCUUAUAAUGUUGCUUGUAUAAUAACCAUCUAAAAAAAAUUAUUUUCCCCUUUGCCAUUUUGUGCCAAGUGUUGGAGGUAAAUUGGUGUUUACAGAUGAAAAGUCCUCCUUCACUUUCCACUGGAGUGGAAGUGGGUUGCAAUUCGAUUUGUACUUUCAUGGUGAAAGUUGUGGUGGAAGUUACUGAGAAAAUAUUAAAUGGAUCUGCAAGUCUUCACCAUGUUAAGACUCAUUCUGCACUUUCUGUAAAUACAUUAGAAAACUUCUAUCUUCAAUCUGUCUGAGCAACUCUGCUUUCACAAAUUGAUUGUAUUCGUGAAACUGUACCAAGCAACCAAACCCAGUAGAUACAAACAGAAACAUUUCUUUUGGACAGCCAGUAAAGAAAUUAA